AUGUCUUAGUCUGGAUAUCAAAAAAAGAAGUUAGAGCCUAGUGGAAGCAAGAAAUAUCUUCCUUUAAUUGGAAACAUGAAUUAACAAUAGAAUUAAAUUGAUAGUGAUAAAAAAUUAUAGAAAACACUCCUAACCAAUGAUAUGUUAUAGGGCAAAAAAAUAAAAAUUCAAAAUAUUAGUAAUACUGGUGCUAAUUAAACUCAAAAAUAAAUAAGGCCAAAAUAUGGGGAAUACUCGAAUGGAUAUUCUUUAAGUAGAGAAUCAACAAAUCAGAGAUUAACUACACAACAAACAUUUAAGGAAGCAAGUACACUAGUAAAACAUUCAAAAUCUUUAAUACUUAUAUAGCCUGUAUUGGGAGUCAAUGAAAGAUUAAGAGAGUCAUAUGAAGUGAGUCAAUUCAGUAUUGAACUUCCGAAUAAUAUAUCCUAGCCAAACUCUAAAUAUGGAAGUGGUACUAAACCUCCUCAUCCUUAAUAAGCUAGCUUAUAUCAAAGAAUUUAAAAGCAAGCUAUGAAGAUGUAGCAGCAGGCUUAGUAAUAGUCUUCAUAGUUUACAAUUAAUGGUCAGCCAAAUCAAACCAAUAUAGAGAGAGUAAAUAGGCAUUAUCUCGGGUCAAAUUAUAUUAACUAGACACCUUAGCUGAUAGAUAUUAAGAGAUUUAAGGAAUAAGAUGAGCUUUAAGCUGCAAGCAUAGAAGUUAGAUAGUUGGUUAGUAGCGUUGAAAAUAAUAAUUCUAUUCAAAAUAACUAACUUUGCAAUUCAUAAGAAGAACAAAAUAUAAUCUUAAUGAACAUUAGCCCAUAGAAUGUUGGAAAAUUUAAGAGGAAUAGACUACUCUAAGCUGCUAAGGAUACCUCAGAAACAAACAAGGAUAAUUUGAAUCAAUUGAUAGAGAUGCUUGAUAAAAAUAAAAAACAAAGGGAUGGAUUGGUCGAUUCUACUAAUAAUGGGAACGCCUAAUAGGACAAUUCAACAAUUCAGGUCACUCAACAACAUGAAGAAUAAAUUGGUCAGAGGUAAAGUAACCAAUCUUAAAAAGGCAAAUUUUCAUAAUCUUUAAAAACUAAGCAAAUUAUUACAGGUAAGUUAGCGACAUAGAUAGAUGCAUUGACAAAGCAUCAAAUGCCUAAUAUUAUAAGAUAUGGAGAUUAAUACUUAAAAAGAGAUAGUAUAAGUCCAAGUGGUUCAAGAGGAAAUGGUAAAAAAGGGAAUGAGGUGGAUAGAUUUAUGAUAGAAGGGCAAUAGAAAUAAAUAAUUACAGUUUUAGAUGAUUAGCAGCCUAACGAGAAUAAACACCAUAGAGUUAAGGCUAUCAAAAAGAAUUAAACUAAUACUAAUAGCAGUGCUCAAGCUACUCAUAGUAACUCAUAAUAAUUGGGCUUUCAAUCAUAUUCAGUCUCUCCAAAGACUUUAUCUUAAGCUUAAAGUAAAUAAAGCAUGGUAGGAUUUGAAAAUGGGCAUGCAUAAUAUCUUUAUUAGCAGCAUAUACAGCAUGUUUAGUAUUAAUAGCAGACAUCAUAAUAAUAAUCUAUUCUUCAUUAGCAACCGAAAGUGCAGCAUAGAGAAAAUAAUUAGCCCAUCAUAAAUGCACUUUUAAGAAGAUAUCCUAACACAUUGAAGGAUUGUCCUCUAUCAGAAGAAGCUCUGCUUAUUCUUUAGUUAAAUCCAAACAAGAUUGAUAUUUUGACAUUUGAAAUUGAUAGAACGAUAUUUGAGAGAACUUACAAAGAAUAAGUUUGCCAAAUAUUUAAUAAGACAAUACUUCAGAACUGGUAUGAAGGAUAUAAUGCGAACAUUCAAGAUGCAGAUCAAACUAUAAGCACUCACAGAGAUAUUGACGAAAACCAGAAGUAAUAAAUAGAAGAAUAGCAAGAACUUAAUCUUAAACAACAACCAACUUAGUCAAAUAAUAGUUAAUAGAUUACCUACAUAUAAAAAUUGAAAUAGCAAAAUGUAUAAGUAGUUUUAAAUCUACAGAAAUCAAACGAAUCUUAUAACAAUAACUUUAAAGAUUUACUGAAGAUUAAUUAGUUAGACACUCAAAACUAGAGCUUAGAGAAAGAAUAUUUAUAAAGGGAAAAUAAUUGCAAGCUGUAUUAAUCCAGACUCACUAAAGAAUAGGUUUAGGAAAAUAUGAACAAGCUUUUUCCAAGAAUAAAUAAAGAUGUUGAAUUCUGUAAUGUUUAAGUAAUUAGAAAAUACUCUGAUCUAUAUUCAACUCUAAAACAGAGGUAUAAUUUAUUUAGAAAGCAGUUGCAAAAUGAUGAAACUGACAAAUGUUAAUUUAUCGCAUCAAGAGAUCUUUCGCUUCUCAAUUUUUUGAUAUAUUCCCAGCAUAUGAGAAUAGUUGAUAACCCAAAAAUUUUGUUAAGAUCAGUCAAGAAUCUUAUUCUUGUAAUAAAGGAUAAUCCAUAAAAUUGUGGCCAUCCUUUGCUUGGAACAAUUUUGAGAAGUAAGAGAAAUAAAAAAUACUCAGCAAACGUAAGUCCUGAUAGAAAUGAUAGAGAAUCCUAGAGUCCUAGAAUUCAAAAGCCCUAAAGUAAAACUAUUCUUGAAAAUUCACCAUAAAGAAUCAGAUAAGACAGGCAAACUAAUUCAACUAAGAGAGCUAUAUCUAGUGUUAAUAUAAUAUAGCCUGAUCUCCUAGAUCGAACAAGACAGGGAAAUUUAGGCAAUAAUUAAGCAUCUUCAAAGAAAAAUACUCUAAGUAGCAAUGACAUUUUACUCUUUUAACAACUAUUGACCUAGAUAUCGGAUGAUGCUGUGUAGACAGAGUAAAUUACAUCUGAACCAAUAACUAAGAUAAAAAUUUACCAUUAGACCUACACCCAUUUGAAAAAUUCAAGAAUAAAUAAGGCAUUCAAGAUCUUUAAUGAAUUUGUUGCAUUAACUUUUAAAAAUAAGGAUAAGAUUUUUAACCAAGCAAGAAUUAAUUAACUUGGAAAAUUUUUUGGAAUAGUAAUAAGUGCAAAAGGUCAAAACUCUAAUCAAAAUUUUGAAAACUAUUUUAGAAAUAAAGACACUGCCUUGCCAUUAAAAGAAAAGUUAAACUAUUUUCUCUACUAAAUUAUAAAUCAAGAAAAUGAUAUGCAAAAUUUAAUAGUAUAGCAAACUAAUCAAACUUAGGAUUAAUACUAUAAAUAUAAUAUUGGGCCUGGUAACAACUCACUUAUGGUAAAGAACAUCAUAAAGUAAAGAUGGUGGUGGUAUUAAAAGGAUUAAGAAAAAAGUGAAAUUGAAGAACUAAAUUUUAUUUGGACUUAAUGGAGAAAAAAUAAGGUUGUAAGCUAGCUAAAGACUUUGAAAUAGCUUAAUGAAGAAAUCUAGAAUUAGUCAAAUCCAGAUGAAAGUAAUAAUAUAAGCUCCUUGAAUUCUAGCUUUAACAAUAAUCAACCUUCACCUAUGAAUAACCAAAAAUUAAAUGGAUUUGGAUCAUAGUCAACUAUGGCUUAAUCAAUAUAGAGCACAAAAGAGUCUACAUCAAGAACUUCAAAGAAGUAGUUUAACUUUAAGAGAAUGAUCACUCAUUCCGAAUAAACAAAUAAUACAAUAACAAUUAACAACAAUAAUCAAAAUACUAAUGCAGUGCAAAAUGAUCUUCGAAAUCCUUCAUACAUGAAAAUAUAUAAUAAAUUAGAAGAUAAUUUCCAUCUUAGCAAUAAAAAAGCCCUCUUUUUAAAUAUGAGAAAUUAUUAUGAAGCAGUGGGUGAAGAUAUUUCACUCUCUUUACCCCUAACUUUUCAUAUUAAAACUAUUGAUGAUCCUGAAUUCUUAAAAUUUAAAGAAUACUUCCUUAGCAUUUAGGAAGAAUAAGUUACAUAUAAAAAUGUUCAAAAUAUUUGGAUCAUUAAGCCAGGAGAAAAUACCAAUAGAGGUUAAGGAAUAGAAGUAAGAAAGGAAUUAUAAGAUAUUAAAAAUUUAAUCGAGCAGUAUUCAAAUAAGAAGAGAACUGUCAUUGUCUAGAGAUAUAUUCAUAACCCCCUACUUAUUAAUAGAAGAAAGUUCGAUAUAAGAUGCUAUGCCCUUGUUACCUCAGUUAAAGGAAAUAUUAAGGCAUAUUUUUAUCGAGACGGAUAUUUAAGAACCAGUUCAAAAGAGUUUUCAUUAAAUAACCUAUAAAACAGAAUGGUUCAUUUGACUAAUGAUGCUGUUUAGAAACAUUCAGAUGACUAUGGUAAAUAUGAGCCAGGUAAUAAAAUGAGCUAUGAUGAUUUCCAAAAGUUUUUGAAUGCCAAUUACUCAAACUUAAAGAUAGACUUUAACCGUGAUCUACUGCCAUAAAUAUAGAAAAUGGUCACUGAUACAGUGAGAGGAACCUUCUCUAAAUUAGAUCCUCACAAGAGGAUAAAUUCCUUUGAAAUCUUUGGCUAUGAUUUCAUGUUUGAUGACUAGUUUAAGAUAUACUUAAUCGAAUCUAACACUAAUCCAUGUUUGGAGUUAUCAAGUCCACUUCUUGCUAAGCUUAUUCCCUAAAUGGUUGACAAUGUAUUCAGAAUAGCCAUAGAUCCUUUGUUUCCUCCACCUGAAAAUUUUUCAUGGAAAAAAUCAAUGCUUGGUGACAUUUGUUAAGAGAAUAAAUUUGAACUUAUAUUUGAUGAGAAAGUUGACGGUCAACAAUUAUCCGAGUUACUUAAAGAAAAAGAAAAAAUUAUUAUUGAAAUCGAUGAAGAUGAGGAAGAAUUUGAUGAUGAUGAAAUUGAUAUAGAGUGA